AUGCUUCGUCGUUCUCGCGUCACUCGCUUCAUCGUUCCGAGCAGCUCCGGCGAGGAGCUGCCACGGUUCCUGGCCGAGAGAGAGAAGCUAAUCCUCACCACCAGCGGCGACCUCUACGCGUUCGUGAUGGAGUAUGACCGCCGCAGCACGAUGCCCCGCUUGUGUAGUGGCCCCCCACACAGCGACCUCCUUUCGCGCCACUUGUUCAGCGGCUCGCCCUUGGCUGGCGUCUUGACAGCCGGCGGCGUCGCUUUCUUUGUGCUCACUUUUGGGUACAACGUCGGCAAACCUGUUGUCGAUGCCCACCGCAAGUUCUUCUGGAAACGGGCCGACGCCGCCUACGGCAAGCGCAGCCGUGAAACCACUGAAGGGGCGGCGGCUGAGGAGGAGGAGGAGAGGGACGGCCUCAGCCCAAUGGAAGAGUUCGACGACCUCAUCGAAGCGAAAGGAAAGGAGGGGUAG